CCCAUAACCACGUGUCCCAGGCUGCACUUGAACUGAUGCUGGGAAAGUGAUUUCAGGCCAUGAAGCUGACCUGUCUUUUCAGAAAGCUCCGGAACUUUCCCACAGCUCGGGGCAGCUAGGGGGGACAGUCAGGCCUCUCCUGAGCCCCGCGUGACAUCCCACAUGAGGUACCCAAGGCCUGGCCUGCUGAGGAGACUUGCCCACACCCAGGAUCUGAACGCCUUGGCUCCAGAACCCCUCUCAGGGUCCCUGAGCCCCCAGCCCAGCCCCCGGCCAUUGAGGAACAUGAGGGACACGUGACAUUCGUGUAACAGCACACAGCCUCACCCACGGCGCACUUGGAGUUUGACAGAGACCUCAAGCUGUUGCGACCCAGGGCUUCGGUUCUGGGGGAGACGGACUCUCCUGGGCUCAUCGUUGUGUCCAUGAGGCGUGCCCCCACCACGAUAUGGCAACCUGAUAACACAGCCUGGGGAGGGCGCGGCACAGCGCUCCCAGCGGUGGCUCCUGUCUGCUCAGGGCCCAGCUCGGAAGACAGCGUGGGGACAGAGGUAAUCACGAGCCAGACCUCAGUCUACCGCCUCCCUCGGAAAGGCCUCCAGGUCGCGGCCAGGGGCAGCCGGAAGCAGCAGGCCGAGUGUCACAAUGUGACCUCGGGGGCUGCCCGCACCCCUCCCGCCCCGGCCAGCAGCCCCACCCGCUGUGGCAACCCCGGCCUGCAUGGGGUAAACAGCAGUGGCUCGGGCCCCCUGGGGCUGUGGAGCCGGCCUGACUGGGGACCUUCCAGCCCGCGGAGGUCACUGCCCGAUCCUGGGGCGGAUCAAGAGGACAGGCUUCAGGUGGCAGCUGUCCACUGCAGUUCUGGCAAAACCCCUCCCGGAGGUGAGGGUCCGGGGCCACUGGGACCUGCCCCAGUUCUGAGUGUGCCUGUUCCGAGGUGGAUUCCAGAGCUAGGAGACCCCAGGCUCCUGGAGGGAUGGGCACGCGGGGCAGCUCCACCCCGCACCACGGCAAAUCGCAAAGAGAACUAUUUUGCUGAGAGAGCUUUUUGACACAUAAAUCAGAGGUUGACAGUCACUUGCUUAAAAGUCUCUAAUGGCUUUCUGCUGCACUUAAGAGUCAAUCCAAGCUGUCUCUCUGCCCUGGCCCCUGCCCAGUUCGCUGACCUUGACUCCAACACAUCCCUAGCUGUGGUCUGCUGUCUGCUCCCCUAGUGCUCCAAACCGGUUCCCUCCUCUGGGCUUUGCACGCACGGUUCCCUCUGCUUGCAACACUCUUCCCUCAGCUCAGGAAUG